AUGCGACAGCUCACAGCAAUACAUCUAACACUUUAUCCCCCCUCUCCCAGAGUCUCCUUCACAACAUCCUGCAACUCCGCGAUAACGAAAUACCCCUUCGAGAAUGGCCGCCGCUACCACGCCUUCAAGUCAGGCUCGUACCCUCUCCCGAACGACGAGCUCGAGCUGGACCGCCUGAACGUCGUGCACCACAUGCUCAAGAAAGCUCUCGACGACCGGUUAUUCCUCGCGCCCGUCGCGGCCGACACCAUCCACCGCGUGCUCGACCUGGGCACGGGCACUGGGAUCUGGACCGUCGAGAUGGCAGACAAGUACCCGCAGGCGGAGUUCCUGGGCAACGACCUCUCGCCGCUGCAGCCGGCGUGGGUGCCGCCGAACGUGCGCUUCGAGGUCGACGACAUCGAGAGCGGGUGGGCGUACAGCGGGCCGUUCGAUUACAUCUUCUGCAGGGCGUUGGCGUGCGCGGUCGGCGACUGGCCGAAGCUCGUGAGGCAGGCGUACGCGAAUGUCAGACCCGGGGGGUGGGCGGAGUUCCAGGACUUUGACAUGUCGUUCUACUCCGAGGACGAUAGUUACAGCAAUGAGAGCGACACGGCGAAGUUUAUGCGAUUGCUGCGGGAGGCGACGAGGGGUGCGGGCGCUGGGAAGGAAGCGAGCCCCGGUCCGAGGUUGGAGCAAUGGGUGAGAGACGCAGGGUUUGAGAAUAUCGUUCACCAGAAGAUUAAACUGCCUCUGGGGCCCUGGCCGAAGGACACAAGACAGAAAGAAGUCGGCCUCUUCAACCUAUCACAGACAUUGGACGGCCUGGAGGCCUUCUCCAUGCGUCUCUUCACCUCGGUCCUCAAGUGGGAACCCCUGGAGGUGGAAGUCCUCUGCGCCAAAGUCCGCAAGGAACUGAAGACGAAAGACGCACACAGGAUACAAGAUUUCCACGUCGUAUACGGCCGAAGACCAACCCGCGCAUCCUCAUCAACCUCAUCAUCACCGUAA